AUGAAUUAUAUCCUUGCUCGCUCCUGCCCAUGUCUACUGCACACCUGCACACCUGCAAACGACCCCAUCGUAGGUACCUACAUACCGAUACCUUACCAGACUUGCCUACCUACCUCAAGCUUGCUCAAGCCUCGAGGUACAUGCAUCUCCUGCAUCCCCUGGGCGACAUCCAAUGUCUCUUCUUCCCCCCUCUUCCGAGAAGGAUACCUUUCCUCACCGAGUUGA